AUGGCUGACAGUUCUCCCGAUGCCACAGAGUUUUUGGAUACUCUGGACCCUAAUAAUUACGUUAUCGGAGUUGUUCACUUUCCUCCAGAAUGUGAUGCAAAGGAUUUGUUCAUUUCCACUUCACAUAAACGUCUUAAGAAGUAUUUUAAAAAGCUAGCCAAGCACCCCGAAAAGAAACGGCGCAAAGUCAUUCCAGCAUCUGAAGUUACGCGGAACUUUGAAUUAAUUUCGGAGGGACCCUCAUCUCUAUCUCGAAUGCCGUUUUUGGGAGAAUCUAGCCAGGGGGGUCAUUGUCUACGCCUUCUAAGUUUUCACUUAUUGCAGUUUCAGCCCUCUAACUCAAUAGAUGAUUCCCAUGAUGUAACAGGUGAUGAUCAAGAAACACAUGAGACGGAGACGGAAGAGGCUUCUUCUCAAAAGCGAUCCAGGCCGGAUGAUUUGGAUGUUUCAAAAGAUGUCCAACCUGGGAAAAAAAGAAAGACUUUGAAUGAAGAAUCGUAA